GUGACGUCUAUCAUAUGAUAUCAGUCAUUUGCAGUAGGCAGCACCCUUUCAGAUUAGGGCAAGUGGUAUAACAACCUGUAAAAUGAGCACAGCAAUACCUUUAAUAGUUUUCACGGUUCUGUGGGGAGGAGUAGGAAUUGGCUUACCGUUUGUUGUACCAAAAGGUCCAAAUAGAGGCAUUAUACAGGUGAUCUUAAUAUUAACAGCGGCAACCUGUUGGUUGUUUUGGUUGUGUUGCUACUUAGCCCAGUUAAACCCUUUGAUUGGGCCCAGACUAAAUAGGCACGCUAUAUUGUUAAUGGCUAGAGAAUGGGGAGAUAAAAUCAAUUCCUCAGUAACCAUUUAGUGUCACCUUGUCUCUAUACCCAGAGCAAAAAACGCAAUGUUUUAUUAGUUAAAUGUAAUUACUUAUGUGUAAUUUUUAUUUAUAGGUACUUUCAUUUCUUGUUUGAUUUCUAUAUUGUUAGAGAAAUGAUGUUGCAUAUUGUGUAUUUAAAAUCAUAGUAUUGUUUUUAAUAAAUAAUUGUAGGGUUCGAA